GGUGUGGUCAGUGGGAGGUGGGGUCAGUGGGAGUGCGAGUGUUUUAGCGGAGCACGCAUGUGCACAGUGGGUUGUUUUGCCGUUGUCUUUCUGCUCGGUUUCGAGUGUUCGCGACGCGAUGGGUUGUGAUGGAGGCACCAUCCCUAAGAGGCAUGAGCUGGUGAAAGGGCCAAAGAAGGUGGAGCAGGUUGAUAAAAAUGCAGCAUUGGCUGCCCGCUGGAAUUAUUGUGCUAUCAGUCAGAGACCACUGAGGAAACCCAUUGUCGCUUGUGAGCUUGGAAGAUUGUACAACAAAGAUGCUGUCAUUGAAUAUUUAUUGGACACAUCUCCGGAGAAAUGUAUUAUAGAGACUGCAAAGCACAUUAAGAGCCUUAAGGAUGUGAAGGAGCUAAAUUUGACUGACAAUCCAGCCUGGAAAGGUGACAAGGCCAACACCAAAGGUGACAAGUUUGAGGAUCUGCAGCGAGCUGUUUUCAUCUGUCCCGUGGUUGGCUUGGAAAUGAAUGGACGACAGAAAUUUUGCUACCUCCGUGCCUGUGGCUGUGUUUUCUCAGAGCGUGCUAUGAAAGAGAUAAAGACUGAAGUUUGCCACAAGUGUGGGGAAUCUUUCAAAGAAGAUGAUGUGAUUGUACUGAAUGGAAGUAAAGAGGAAAUAGCAGAACUUCAAAGAAAAAUGGAGGAAAGAAAACUCAAAGCCAAACUGUUGAAGAAAGCAAAGAAAUCUAAGGCAACUCAGGCUGCUGCGAAGUCUGCACUUACUGAAGAAAUGCCAGGGCCAUCGACCGAGAAACCCAAAGAAAAUAAAGCAACCAUUGACAAAAUGCUGAAUGGUUAUUCAAGCACUACCAGUACAGCAAAUGCACAGUCAGCAUCAUCUUCCACAUCCACUGCAUCUGGGAAAACUGGUAAACCUGCUUCUGGCAUCACCAAGCGAUCUCUUACAGAAACUGGAGAGAAAUCGGAGGCUUACAAAUCCAUCUUCACAUCCCAUAGCUCAGCUAAGCGGGCAAGAGAGGAAAAACCCAACUGGAUCACUCACACAGCUUACUACUACUGAGAUGACUGGCAAUGCUUUAAAAAACUUCUUGUCUUUCCCUGCCUAGUUUUAAAUUGAUGAGAUGUAACUUUAUUAUCUUUAAAAGCCCAUCUUGUGCUAUUACAUGAAGGAGAAGUACUUUUUUGUAGAGUUUUGUAGGUCUCCUCAGUAUGUGAGAUGUUAAUAACUUGCUCUUUAUAUGAUGCUAUUCAAAUAUUGAAGAUAUUGAACCCAUAUGCUGAAAAUGUACCUUGAAAGGUGCAAGUGCUGACUAGCAAUGCAUUAUCAAUCUACAACCUCAAUCUGGCUAAAAUCCAGCCCGCUGUUUACUGAAAUAAUUUUUUGCUAAGGUAUCUGAUGACAUGUCCAUCUCUGGCUAAUUAAAAUUUUCACCAAA